AGCCGAGGGAGAGGAGCGAGCCGCCAUCUUCCAAACUCGUCGUUUCCCCUCGAACGACAAUAAAAAAAAAAAACAUAUGAAACCGGGGUUUUCUUGUCGAAAUUGAGCACGAAUGGUCAUUCGGAGCAGUAGAAGAGGGGUUUCUCCCAAAGAAGGACCGGGAAGGGACACAUUUCAGCCGGUUUUCGAGGCAGUUUUCGGGAGAUAUUGAAAAACAGCCGACUGAGCUCCUAUAGCUUGACUGCCCCCGUUUCUUUCGCCCAUUUCGUGAUUCCUAAACGCAGCCCAGAGGAGUGGGAGGAGGAAGAGGAGGGGGGGUUACCGUACACCGGAGCGCGCGAGAGGCCGGGGAUUUUUCCACCUGAACGUGCAACAGCGGAAUCAGCAUCUGGAUAAUUGCUUUUGCCUUUUAAAUAUUAUUUCUAUAGUUCUUUGGCGUGGGGAUUUAUAACACAUUUCCCCCACGGAAUCGACUGCUCAUCACGUGGCUGUCCCCUGGCACAGUGGUAGGUGGGUGGUGUGGAGCUGGCCUCAGCACCGGGAGAGGCCCCCUCGCCCGCCCCCUCCCAGCGCUGCAUGGCUGCAAUGGCGCCCGCUCUGACCGACGCGCCUGCCGAAGCUCACCGCAUACGCUUCAAACUGGCUCCGCCUUCCUCCACCCUCUCUCCGACAGGCGUGGAGGUAAGCGGUACCGGCAACCACAUUCUUGUGUCCAGUAACGGCGCUGUCAAGCGCAAGGCCUCAGAGGAGCGCCCUGCCCAUGGGGCUGGGCCCUGCAAGCCCCUUGUUACCUCGUAUCACUGUUCAGAUGUGACCUCAGUGUCCUCAGCAAAAGAGUCUCUCAAGCUGCAAGGUGUUCUUCUGCAGACACACAGCAUCCUGCCUAGCCUUAUACCGCGCAAGCACCAGGCUUUGGAGCUCUCUGAGGCCCAGCUAAAAAGCAUCAUGAGUGCUGGAGGAGGUGGUGGCCCUGUCCAAUGCACCACUGUUAAUGGCAUGACAAAAAAAGUGACUAAACCAGGGGUUGACCGAGAUAAUGCAGUGACCUUAAAUGGUGGCCAACACACCACUGAGCAGAAUUGUUCAAACCAAACUCAAGUUGUCAAUUCUAGUGGGGGAUUGACAAGAAAUGGUUCUCUUAGAGACAAUGCGGAGCAGCACAUAGAGUCAACAGGUGCUUCCCAGAACUGUCCCAGUAACGGAGAGCCUCCUGCAACAUCUCCAUCCUCCAUUGCACCUUUAAACCUCACAGAGGACAAAAUCUCAGACUGUCCACCGCUAAAUACAUUGACUCACUUGCUUUCUACCCAACAAGAUCCCUUAGCUGGUCUUGGGACAGAACUACAUGACCGGACACAGCACAGCCAGAGCAGACAGGGGGAUAUUGAGACGCGACUGAGGCGACUGCGCAAACGGCUGCAGGUUGUGCAGGCCAAACAAGUGGAGCGCCAUGUACAGCAGCAAUUGGGCGGACUACUUGAGAGCACCCUGGGUGCUCUGGAUGCCAGGCGGCCAAGGGGCCGUCUUGGCGACGACACCCUCACCCCUCAAGAGAGGGAUGGACUGGGACGUUUCCUCAAGGGCGGCUCCAUGCCAACCGAGUUAGAGAGACUGUCUUUGAGUUGCACCACCAACCUGCGAUCUGCUGAAAGCGCUUUCGAUUCUGAUGCAACGGAAAGCAGCUCUGGAGGAGAAACCGAUGUGGAGGAAGAUGAACUGGCUCGGGUCGACAUUGAGCAGCGCCACAUUCCUCUAUGGAGGAGAGCAGAAGGCCGUUACGCCAUGGACAGAGCUGCCAUCAUCAGUCACUGGAACUGGCUACAGGCCCAAGUCUCCGAUCUAGAGUACCGCAUACGGCAACAGACAGACAUCUACAAACAGAUCCGCUCUAGCAAAGGCUCGGUUGUAUUAGGGGAGAGCUCAGUUUGUGAGUCAGUAUCAGAGGAAAGUAGUGACUCAAGGACAGAGACCAUUACCUGCCCUGUCCCACAGGAUCAUGGUACUGUUCGGGUGGAAGGGUCUGUAUCGUCCCAUGGCAUUGCCAUUGAAAAAGCGUUGAGGAAAAGCUGUGCACCUGUCAAACAUGUCAAUGGGGUCAUUAGCCGCCUGCAGUCUGGUUCACCCGACAGCUUGGAUCCAGCUGUGCAGCUUCACUCUGAGUCUCAGCAGAAGCAGCAGCUGGGCUCUCUAACUUUCCCUGUGCACGACAACACGUGUGUGGCGGCCCGUAUUCGUCCACUCCUGUCCUGGAGGAAGAGACGUGUCCUCCGUCCCGGUUCGCUCACCAGCCUCAAUCGUAAGGCUCAGAGGUCAAUGGCUCCUCGCUGUGGCUGUGAGCUGAACGCUCAUUGUGUGAUGUGCAGUGGACGUGCUCUCCCUCCUGCAGACACCCAGCAUCAGCUCCCCCUGUUGGACAGACUGGCACAAUUCGACCCUAGCGUUCACCCCAUUCUCUCAUUUACAGAUGAUGUGAUGAUAAAUCUACAUAUGCAGCGUGUGCUGAAGGGACACUGGCAGAAUCGUCCUCUGGAGAAGAUCAAACCCAUCAAGAAGAUCUCGCUCAAACACAAGCUGUGUUUGGGCAGCCGUAUCUCUGACCCUUUCUCUAAAGACAAACACAAGCUCGCCAGCUCUCUCCUCUCCACAAUCCGUUUUUCUAAUCAUAAGAUGCGCUCAGAGAAGAUGUCCAGGCCGCAGUUAGGUGUCCCAGUGAGUGCUAGUAAACUCGACUCUCACCAGCAUUUCCGUCAGAGCAGUUUUGACAGGAGCCACAGCCGCAAGAGACCUCGUGAACCCUCAUUGGACCGCACAGAGAAUGCUCCCAAGUUGUAUAUGGAGAUGGGAAGUCCCUAUCCAUCCCUCUCCGCUCUGAAUACACCCAGCCACAGCCCACUGAUGAGACAGCCGUCAAUUUCUGAGAGCGCCACGCCCCUCCACCUCAACAGCAGUGCUUCAACUAUUCGUCGGAGGAGAGGAGAGAGCCCCUUUGACAUCAAUAACAUAGUCAUUCCCAUGUCAGUGGCUGCCACCACCCGAGUGGAGAAACUACAGUACAAAGAGAUCCUUACCCCAAGUUGGAGAGAAGUGGAUGUUUUCGCAAAACCAAUAGCGGAAGAGGAUGAUGCAAUGAAGGUUGAGGAUCUCUCUGAUGUCACAUUCUCUCAGCUUCACCUUCCGUGUGAGGAGCAGGAGCGUUCUCGCUGGAGAUUGACUGCCAUUGCAAAGAGAAGGGGCAGCAGAUCAUACAAAUCUGUGGACGGCCGGACAACCCCAUUGAUGGGUGGCACCAACCCCUCCACGCCACAGCCCUCAUCCCCAGACACGGCACAUUUCCACCUGCUGCAGGAAUACAAUUCUGUAGCAUCUCCCUCCAGCCCUGUUAGCCCAGAGAUGCUGAUGCUGUCUGGCCUGCACACGCCAGGCUCCAGAGACUCCUACCGCCUGCUGUCCAACGAAGACACACGUUGCUCCACCCCAGAUACCUUUGAGGAGAUGAUUCCCCAGCCGGUGCAGCCAUGGGAAAGCCGGACCUUUCCGCUGGAUGUGGACCCACUGCAGGAGUCCAAAACCCAUUCAAGCCCGGCUAGCGACAGGUCCUGUCGGACCAUGCGGCGCAUCUCCGGCUGCAGGUCGUCAAAGUCUGAGUCAGAUACCGGCCCUUCAUCUCCUUUAGCCGAUGACAGCGGCAAGCAGAAACAUACCAACCCACCCAAACCAACUCACCGAUGAAGCCUAGACUGAUCUGCCCACCCAUCCCCCACCAGCUUUUAGAAACUCCUGAAACAGCAGCAACAUAGAAGGAAGAAAUCCCAGCAAAACGAAUGAAAGUCCCUGUUGUUUGAUAUUCAAGCAUCAGUAAAUUCUUUCACAGUUUUUAGUGAAUUGUAUGGAGAUAUAUAAAGAGACCUGUUUUAAUUAAUUCUUUCUUUUGGGCCACUUGAAAAUAAAAAUGUUUUGGAUAAUAAAACAUUAAAAAGUGUGAGAUUAGCUUGAAAGCUAAACCAAAAUAAGAAGCUCUGAAUUGUAUCUUUAAUUGCAGAAGAGCACUUUCCCCUUAGCAUGCUAUCACACUGAGGGGUUCAGCUUGCAUUGUGUGGUACCCUUCCAGAUUUCUUCAAUUUCCCACCUAAAAUUAUUGUGUUCAGCCUUGCAGUUUAUAAUGGAGUGUUGAAAAGGAAAAGAAGAGAGCCAAUAAUAGUGAUUACAAAAAAAUUGCACAAUGGAAGAUGUUUUUGUUUGUUUUGUGUAAAAGCACUUAAUUGUUUUUUAUUUAUUUUUUUACACUCUACAUUCCCUUAUUACAUUGAAGAUAAGUUCACACAUGUAAUGCUUGGGUAUAGUAUAAUUCCCAGUUUUUGGUUUCAUUUGUCUAUUUCUCCCCAUUAGUUGAUUGCUGGUAAAGUUUUUGAGUUAUCCUUGUAUACAGAGGUCUAUGUGUGCCCCAUUUCAAUCAGAGAGUGACAAAAGCAGGUGCCUUCAACACAGCUGGUAAACUGAACCACUCAUACACCCCAUUCUGAUUGGAGCACUUAAUUGGUCUUUUGCACCACUCUAUUACCAGUGACCCUACAUUCAGUGCCCAUAUACAAGCAUGCACAGGCCAUUAAAAAUGGGGAAUCUUGAGAGAAUCAUAGAGCUCCCUGCAACUCUGUUGCUUCGCACUAAUAACAUUGCUCUCUCUCUCUCAUGUGGGCUUGUGGUCAUGUGACUUUUGAAGCACUUGAAGUCCUAUUAGCAUCUUCAAUCUGAAAGUGUUGUUAGAACUAUGCGUAAUCAAGUUGCAAAUUAUAUUGCUAUCAGGAAGACUUGCAAUCACUUAUUUAUAAAUCAAUCACUCCAGUAUAAACUGAAAUUAGCUGCCACAUUUCCUUACUUGUUCCAUGUCAGCUCUGUUACCCACUUCCCUGUCAAAUCUGUUACUGGUUUCUUUUCAACCAUGUUAUCUUUCCCUGUUACCAAUUUCUUUCUCAGCCCUGUUAUCUUUUAUCCUGUUAUUUGUUUCCAUGUCAACUUGUUUUUCUCUAGUCAACCCAGUUUCCCGUAUUCUGUCAACUGUUUUACCUGUUUCCAUGUCAACCCUGUUAUCUUUUCCUUAUCAGACAUAUUUUCCUGUUUCUUUCAGCCCUUCUAUCUAUCACAUGUCCCUGUUUGUUUUUGUUCCAACUCCCAUGUAAGAGCUCUUCCAUUGAUUGGUAAGAUAUAAACUUCCUGUGUCUUGGUUGAUGAAACGCAUUCUGCAAUACAUAAAACCGUCAUCAAAUGCAAACUUGAUGAGUAAUAAUGCUAGGUGGUGUGCUUGACGCUUAGACAGGAAAGGACUUGGUAAAGUUUCAUUCGUUGGUUCCUUUAUCAGUUGCUGUCAGUCACAGCGCCAUUUUGUGUAAUGACAAGGGAGUUUCUGUUAGUUCCCCAGUCAUUGCUUGCAGCUCCUCCCUGUUAUUUUAACUAAUAAGAAUGUACUAAUAGCAAACACCUUACCAUUUUUAUAAGUAGCUUCUCUGUAUCUCUGUCAUCAUUCAAUUCUAGCUUGUAGCCAUUUGAUCUUGUUUAAAGGAUGUCAUGUAAACCAGAAAAUCCUUAUAUUCCUUUUAUCUCACUGGAGCCUAACAGAAUUAAUUGCGUCGUAAAUCGCAUAUUUCAAGGUUGUGUGGCAAAUUGUAAGGGACCAUUUACGGCUGUCCCAUUCCUUUUGAGAAACCUGCCACCCUUUCAUUCUUAAUAUCAGUAAUUAUGGUUUCAUGUCUCUUUCUGUGGGGGUCUGUGUGCUUACUGUAUCAUGCAUUGUACCAUAAGUUUUGACUAGCUUUCAAAAGCCAAUAUUGUAUCGUGUGAGUUAUUUUCAUACUUUGAAUUUCCGAUGUGGUGAAUGAGGGAUGGGUGAGUCUGGUAAUAUCCUUUAGCAUGUAAUAGUUUGUACAAAAACAAAAACAAACAAAAAAAAAAGUUUAUUUUGUACAUACCUUGUUUGAUUCUUUACCGUGUUUGAUGUUCAGGCUGUAGCUGUCCUGAUUGUCUAGGGAGAAGACACAAAUAUUUAACACUUUCUUUAUGCAGAAGCAAAAAAGGAAAAGAAAGAAAAAAGUUUAUCGAUAAUUGGUCUAUCUGACAGACAGGCAACGUUUGUGCUUCUCAAAUUAAAAGUGAAUUAU